CGCAUCAUCAAUCCCGCGACGCAGUGCCGCCCCCACGCAACGCAAAAGACUGAGCAGCAUGUCCGACUACGAGGAUGCCGUGGACAGCGAACCGCCCGCAAUAGAGCCGUACGAGGUUCUCGGCCUCGAGCGCGAUGCCACAGCCGACCAAAUCAAGAGCGCGUAUCGCAAGGCCGCCCUCAAGAACCACCCUGACAAGGUCCCGGAUAACCAAAAGUCAGCCGCGCAUGACCGAUUUCAAUCCAUCGCCUUCGCUUACGCCGUGCUGUCCGAGCCUGCGAGGCGAAAGCGCUACGAUGCAACGGGCUCGACGGCCGAAUCGAUUAUCGACGCCGAGGGAUUCAACUGGAGCGACUACUACCAGGAGCAAUUCAAGGACGCAAUAUCUUCUGACGCCAUUAGCAAGUUUGCGGAAAAGUACAAGGGUUCUGACGAGGAAAAGGAUGAUCUGCUCAUCGCGUACGAGCAGUGCGACGGGGACCUGGAUCAGAUCUACGAGCGCGUCAUCCUCAGUGACGUGGUCGAAGACGACAAGCGAUUUCGCCGCAUAAUCGACGAGGCUAUUGAGCGGGAGGACGUGCCAGCGUUUGACGCCUACGUCAAGGAGAGCAAGAAGAGGCGGGCCGCGAGGCUAAAGGCGGCCAAGGCGGAGGCGACCGAGGCAGAGGACUAUGCCAAGGAGCUCGGCGUGCAUGACAAACUCUUUGGGGCGAAGAAGUCGAAGAAGGCAAAAGGAAGCUCGGAGGACGACUUGGCUGCUCUGAUUCAGAAGCGGCAGCAAGACAGGUCGGCCGCCUUCUUAGACCAGCUCGCAGAAAAGUAUGGCGCAAAGGAAUCCAAGAAGAAGGGCAAGAAGAGGGCCGUAGAAGAGGAGCCGUCGGAGGAAGCUUUUCAAGCCGCGGCCGCAAAGCUCAAAGGCUCCAAGAAGUCUCGGCGAUAGAGAACGGGGUGACGAUGUUGGCUGUCGUGGGUAGUCGGCCGGAGUUCAUGGUUGGCGUUAUGGAAACCUGCUUGGAGGAAUGGGCAGCAUGGCGAUGCGCAGGGACUUUUGGUCCCAGAGUAGCUUUCGAAUUUAGUAACCAGGAUGUCAAAGUGUUCUGCCUGGUUGGUG